CUCAACAGGUGAUGAGCAGUUAAUUUUGUGCAUUUCGAAUAUUUUUUAAAUAAAAAUAAUGCUUAAAAUCGAAUUAGUUUUGCUCUGUGCGUUUUUGGCCUACAGCUAUACGGAUGCCGUGGAGAUUGACUGCAGUCGACCACCACAAUUAGUGCAACCGUCAUUUUGUUGUAAAAACGACGAACGUGCAGCAGUCAUGGAAACGUGCGCUCAACGAUUGGGCAUAUCUUUUGAGAAACAAAACGGCGCAACGCCUUUGGAGGACGUCACAUGCUUCGCUGAGUGCAUCGUUAAAGAGUUGCAGCACUUGUCAGCGCCUGAGGAGAUCAACUUUGAAGCUGUGCAAAAUUAUCUACAAACCAAAUCCGGCAAUGAUACGACCUAUGUGAACACUAUGAUGACAGCCUACAGGAAAUGUGAGUCAGUGGCGCAGCAAAGAAUGCAAUCGAUCAAGCAAAUGUCGUUCGGUGGUGGCGCGCUCUCGCAACGGCGUUGCAGUCUCUUCUCCGGCAUACUGCUCAGUUGUGUCCACAUGGAGUACUUCAUGAAUUGUCCGUCAAAUCGUUGGACCGAUAAUGAAGAGUGCGCUUUGGCGAAACAAUUUGUUACACAGUGUGCUAUCGGCUCCAUAUAAAUAUAUCCACCAAUUGUUUAUUUAUAUAAUAUUUAGUAGGUGUAUAUGUUAUGAAAAUAACGAAAAAUAUAUAUUAUAUUUAGGCACAUAUGUAUAAGAACAGGCGUAACACUUGCUAAUUUUUGGUAGACAAAUAAAAAUCAAAUCUGUUAUAAAACAAAG